CUGGGCCGCGCGUGCGCACGCCGCGCCUCGGGCCGGGCGGGGCAGCGGCAGCAGCGGCCAGGGGAGCCCCGCUCGGUGGGGCCGCCUGCGAGCUGGCGGCGCGGGCCGUGGGGCCCGAGCGACUGCGGGCGGAGGUAGCCCAGGAGCCCAGGUUGUGUGCAGUGCGGAAGGUGUGAAGCCGUUCCGUGGAUGGAGGGUUACGUCUCAUUGAGAGACAAGAGAUAAUUGAUUCCAUUAUGUGUGCGUCAGCCAAAUAUAACACAAGGGGUCCAGCCCUCAUCCCAAGGAUGAAAACCAAGCAUCGCAUCUACUACAUCACACUCUUUUCCAUAGUUCUGCUUGGCCUAAUUGCCACAGGAAUGUUCCAGUUCUGGCCUCACUCCAUUGAGUCAUCCAGUGACUGGACCAUUGAAAAACGCAGUGUCCAUGAUGUGCCUGUGGUCAAGCUUCCUGCUGAUAGCCCCAUUCCUGAGCGGGGAGACCUCAGCUGCAGGAUGCACACCUGCUUUGAUGUCUAUCGAUGUGGCUUCAAUCCUAAAAACAAAAUCAAGGUAUAUAUCUACUCACUGAAAAAUUACGUGGAUGAAUACGGGACAUCAGUGAGCAACACCAUUUCCAGGGAAUACAAUGAGCUGCUAACUGCCAUCUCUGACAGUGAAUUCUACACUGACGAUGUCAACCGGGCCUGCCUUUUUGUGCCAUCCAUAGAUGUCCUCAAUCAGAAUGCGCUCCGUAUCAAGGAGACAGCUCAGGCUUUGGCACAGUUAUCCAGGUGGGAUCGAGGCACAAAUCACUUGCUCUUCAAUAUGCUGCCUGGAGGGCCACCAGAUUAUAACACUGCCCUAGAUGUUCCUAGAGAUAGAGCUCUGCUGGCUGGUGGAGGCUUCUCCACAUGGACUUACCGGCAAGGCUACGAUGUCAGUAUUCCUGUUUACAGCCCACUGUCGGGGGAAGUGGAUCUGCCAGAAAGAGGACCAGGUCCUCGCAGGUAUUUCAUUCUGUCAUCUCAAAUGGCUCUGCACCCAGAGUACCGGUCUGAACUGGAAGCUCUUCAAGCUGAGAAUGGGGAAUCAGUGUUGGUCCUAGACAAAUGUACCAAUCUGUCAGAUGGGGUCCCUGCUGUUCGCAAGCGCUGUCACAAGAAUCAAGUCUUCGAUUAUCCUCAAGUGCUCCAGGAGUCUACGUUCUGUGUUGUUCUACGUGGAGCCCGCCUGGGGCAGGCUGUGCUCAGCGAUGUUCUUCAAGCUGGAUGUGUCCCCGUCAUCAUUGCUGACUCCUACAUUUUACCUUUCUCUGAGGUUCUGGACUGGAAGAGGGCCUCUGUUGUCAUCCCUGAAGAAAAGAUGCCUGAAAUGUACAGUAUUCUGCAAAGUGUCCCUCAGCGACAGAUUGAAGAGAUGCAAAGACAGGCAAGGUGGUUCUGGGAAGCAUAUUUUCGAUCAAUGAAGGCAAUUGCUCUUGCUACUCUUCAGAUUAUCAAUGAUAGAAUUUACCCAUAUGCUGCCAUUUCUUAUGAAGAAUGGAAUGAUCCCCCGGCUGUGAAAUGGAGCAGUGUGAGCAACCCACUCUUCCUACCACUGAUCCCACCUCAGUCUCAAGGUUUCACAGCCAUAGUUCUGACCUAUGACCGGGUGGAGAGCCUUUUCCGAGUCAUCACAGAGGUGUCUAAAGUGCCGAGUCUGUCCAAACUGUUAGUUGUCUGGAACAACCAGAAUAAGAAUCCACCAGAAGAUUCCCUCUGGCCAAAGAUUCGUGUUCCCUUGAAAGUUGUUAGAACUGCAGAAAACAAACUUAGUAAUCGCUUCUUCCCCUAUGAUGAGAUUGAAACUGAAGCAGUGCUGGCUAUUGAUGAUGAUAUCAUUAUGCUAACCUCAGAUGAACUCCAGUUUGGCUAUGAGGUUUGGCGUGAGUUCCCUGACAGGUUGGUUGGGUAUCCAGGCCGCCUGCAUCUUUGGGACCAUGAGAUGAACAAAUGGAAAUAUGAAUCAGAGUGGACCAAUGAAGUCUCAAUGGUGCUCACUGGGGCAGCGUUCUAUCACAAGUAUUUCAACUAUCUUUACACCUACAAAAUGCCUGGAGACAUCAAGAACUGGGUGGAUGCUCAUAUGAAUUGUGAAGAUAUUGCCAUGAAUUUUCUAGUGGCAAAUGUCACUGGCAAAUCUGUCAUUAAGGUGACCCCACGGAAGAAGUUCAAAUGUCCAGAAUGCACAGCAAUUGAUGGGUUAUCACUGGACCAAACACACAUGGUGGAAAGUCCGCAGCUAAGGUUAGCUGAGCGCUGGCUGAAGUGACCGCUUCCCCUGCCUUGCAUCCACAGAUCUGAAUGCAUCAAUAAGUUUGCCUCUGUCUUUGGGACCAUGCCUCUGAAAGUGGUGGAGCACCGUGCUGACCCUGUCCUGUACAAAGAUGACUUUCCUGAGAAACUGAAGAGCUUUCCCAAUAUCGGCAGCUUGUAAAGGCAGCUGUGGGACAAACCUGAGUGAUGAAAAUGAUGGCUGAAAAGGUGCUAUGAGGAAUAUAGGACCUGAAGAAAAAAUCACUAGAGAGUGGGUUACAUCUGAGGGAGAUGGGAAUUAAUGUUGUGUUUUGCUACCUUAUCUUCCCUUUGCAUUGCACAAAGAUGUAACGGAAAGCUGAAUAACUGCUUCUCUGUUGCUCACAGAGGUUUGAAUCUAUUCAUGGGUCUUCCCAGAAAUGUCAAACACACGCUUUUCUCCAAUGGAGGCCAUGCAACUGGAAGAAUAAAAGAGAAUCUUGCUC